AUGUUGUCGGCUCCCGUUAAGUCGGCGAAGCGGAUCUCGUCCCUGUUUUCCCUGGGAUCCAAAGAUCGGGACUCAUCCUCAACCGUGUCUUCGCCAGUUUUGAACUCAGAAAACAACGACAACCGACGCCGGAGUAGCUCAAAACCCACUCGCCAUGUCUCGACCCCCAAUCCCACCUUCUCGGAGCCCCGAACCAUGCCCGAUAACCUCGAUAUGGAGAGCCUACCUCCGCCUCCUUCACUGCUGGCGGUGAACCAAGAUUUGGCCAACAGCACUCCCAGUUCGCCCGUUGGCCGGCCGCAGAGCAGAGGUCGUGAUAUGAGCAGGCCCUCCAGCUCUGCAGGGUUAACUAUCCCCGGAUCGACUCCGGAUUCCCGCCCCAGCACACCGUCGAAGCGCAGAAGUUGGAUGCCAGGCCGUUCGCGCGCCAGCUCAAUCGAUAAGCGACCAACACCCAUGCUCCCGGCUGCUUGGAUCGCCGGGCUAGACCAGAAGGUUGUUUAUGAUCUGACGCCAUUGUCAAGAGGAGAGCAGAUCCAGGAACUGUGGAACGAACAAGGUGACACUUAUGUGUAUAUGUUCCCCCAGAAUACCGGACGCGCCCCAUCGUUCAAGGUCGAUUCCACCAUAUUUGCCGAGUCCCCCUCCCUCACCUAUCUAGCCCGCGGCACCGAUGGCAAGAGCGGCCUCGAGCAGCAAACCCGAUCAUUAUCACUCAACCCAGUGUCUCCGCCCAUGUCGCCGUUGGACGGUCAGCCCGAAAACGACAAUGACAACGACAGCGCGGGAAGCCAAAGAAUGGCAUUCGAAGAUACACCCGAGGAAGUGCAGGAACUUCAUCUUUAUCUCCCCAUUCCGCUCAACUGCGAUGUGUCCAACCCGCAAGCGAGACUCACGCCAGAGGACAUAGAGACUCUUCUUUUGUUCCGCAACCUUUUCGCAUUCCUGCUCGGCCAGUCUUUGAUUGCCUCUCCCAAAUCAUCUACUCUUUUCUCUAUUUUCAUGGAUGUGGCGGUCCUUUUGGCCCGUUUCGAGUUCUCCAACUUGGACGCGUCCAACUUUGGUGAAACUGCCACCUCCAGUUUCAGCAACUACUGUGAAGAAUUGCGCCUUGCAGAUGUCCGUCGAAGCAGGGAGAAGACGAUCGAGGCUAUCGUCUUGGGUGAACGUCUGCGCUACUAUCCGCUGUAUGUCGAGGGCUUUGUCCAUGGUGUUGGAAAGCUCGAUGAGCUUAAGCAACUGCGGAGCCCUAAAUAUACCUUCAUUCACCCUAUCACGCAGAAACGCAUGGAGCGCGCGUUCAUCGAUCUCGACACCCGUCUGCGCGGUCUUUACGGCAAGCUCGAAGACUUCGAUUUCCCCUCUGUAUUCUCGGGUAUCGCCAACUCGACUACCUCGGAGGAAAGCAAAGUGGUGCGCUUCAAGAACUGGAAGACUGGAUUUCAAGAGUUCCGCCGCUUUACAAUCCAAUACUACCGACAGAAGUACGGCUCGUGGCCGCCCAAGGCUCGGUCGAAGAAGAACGAGUUUGAGGAGAACGGACUUAACCGUCUUCUCCUCUUGGAUUUGUACCAUGACUUCACCGAUCUAUACGAUUUGAUGGUGGACCGCACGUCCCUGACGACGCGUACAAUUGAUAUCUCGGGCGCGGGCAGUGACUCAGUAGAUUCGUCUGAUCCAAAGCAAAUGACCGUUCGUGCUUUGCGACAGGUUCUCUCCGAGUAUGACCGCAGCACCCCACCAGUGCUUCCUCCUAUUCCAUUCGAUAUUCCCCAGUUGCCUUCGCUGCAGCCCUUGCACCGGAAACCGCUCGACGCCAAGAAGGAGGCCAAGCAGAGCGUCAAGAAGCUCAAGAACUCCGACAUCAACGCUGUCCUGAUGGGAUCCUAUACCCGGGAGGCCAUGCGGCCCACUCCUUUCAUUGAGAGCUUCAUGCAAUUCGAGCGUCGCUCCGCGCACGGCAAGAAUGUGAAUGACAUUACCGACCUCCGAUGUGGCCAGUGGAUCUUCCUAUACGCCGUGAUCCAAGCUCUCCCCAUGCUGGUGGUGGAUGUCCCUGAUGUUCACUUCAACGAUGGCGUGGAGUAUUUCCUUUGCAUUGCCCCACGUGGCGGUGCUCCCUGGAUUCACAACGACACCAAGACUGCUCGCAGCUGGUUCGGAGUUGCAGGCGGUGCUGGUGUUGUUAGCUUGCCGUCUGAUGUAGUCAUCAACGGAGUGGAAGGCGUAUACCGCCGCAGUCAUUGCUGGCAAGUCGCCGAGCAGUGGGCGGAGGCGGGAUUUCUUCUUGAUCCACCUAUGGUGGAAGACGCUACAUACGACGACGAGGAGUCCUCUAUAUCAUCACCUUACCCGGGCCAUCAAUCGUCGGCUGGAUCUUCUUCCGAGCCUUACCCGAACCCGAUGAUGGUCCCCGGUGGGCUCACCCCGCCCCCUCCAGCCAUUCCACGAACCCGCUCGCCUGCCGCUGCCCAGCGUUCUGAGCAUCGCCACUCAUUCUACCCUGGAUUGGAAGCCUUGCCCCUUCCUGCGGGCAUUGCUCCCAUCGAGCCUCCCACACGUCCGAUUAGUCGAUUCAACCCGAACAUGAGUUUCGACGAUAUUCUCAAGGAAGUCCCGAAGAAGGACAAGAAGAAGCACUAA